AUGGCGGAGUCCGAUAGAUACCGCUGGACCAAAUCUCUCCGCAACCUGCCUGAAGUCACAUAUGACGAUGUGGUUCGGAUGGUAAAUGAAAACUCUCAAGUGGAAACGUCAAAACUGAGGAAAGGGUACAAGUUCUUCUGGGAGAAAUUCAUUUUCGAUUACAGAGCCAUUAUUGGGCAGCAUGUGAGUGUUCAGUCCACUGGAAGACGUUCUGAGCGAAGCAUCAACCGAUAUCCCAGGACACCAUUCGUGGUGCACUGCGCUCCAAAUGACAUAAACGAAAUGUGCCUCCAGACUGUGAAGGUGUCGAAUGGAAUGGACUGGGGGUGGUGGAGUUCUGCGGAGAUAUGUCCAUCUGGAACGUACGCCGCAGGGUUUAGUCUGAGGGUGGAACCAUAUUCGGAUGGUUACUGGGCUGAUAACACAGCGCUCAAUGGGAUUCGUCUUCACUGUAUCAAUCGAACAAGCUCACAGCGCCCAUAUGAGUACUAUUCCUCCAUUCAGUCAAAUAUAGGAAGCUGGGGCUGGUGGAAGGAUCUCAAAUGGUGUCCUUCUGGAUACUUGACAUCUUUCCAGCUGAAAGUCGAAUCUCACCAAGGAAUUGAAGAUGAUACGUCUGUGAACAACAUCAGAUUCAAAUGCAGUCAAGGUUCUUUACUGAUGGGUGACGGCACAAAGUGGGGCGAUUGGGGCCACUGGAGCCCAUCCUGUAAGGGAACAGGAAUCUGCGGCAUCAAGACCCGGAUAGAAAAGCCACAGGGAAUGGGAGACGACACCGCUCUCAAUGACGUGAUCAUGUAUUGCUGUGAUUAA